UUCAUUUUGAAAUUUAGACAAAAAAUUUCUUUAUUUGGCAUCUAUUCUCUAUUAUAGAUUUUAUAGCGAUACUUAUUGUGUGAAUAAUUUAAGAUCUAGUAGAGAAAUAUGACUGCAAAUUGGUAUCUGACCAUUUUUAAAGGUGUUGAAUACAAAGACGAAGAGAAAUUAACCCAAUUCCUAAUAUUUUAAAAUAAUAUUUGAAUUUUAAAAUGGUAUAAUAUUACCUAACCAAAAAACAGGGUAACAUUUUCACAAAUUGCCUGACUCUCAUGGGUUCAAUUGUGGUGUGUAAAAACAGUUUAUUAAGGUUGAUUUUGAUAUAGAAAUAAAAUUUUGUGAAGUGAAUUAUCAUGAAAAAUAUAGUUUUGCAACACCUGCUGUGAUGUGUAAAUAUAGUUUUGGGACGUCAGUUAUGUGUCUAAAUAUAGUUUUAAAACAGCAGUUAAUAAUAACAAAUUUCAAUAAAAAAAAUUAUUUUAAUUUUAGAUUAAAUAAUUAUUAAAUCUUGUUUGGUAAUUCAGUUUCUUAGUCAUGGCAAACAGUUAAAAGUGCAUAUUGGAAUCAACCUAGAAAGUGAAUGUCCAUCAUCUUACAACAUAUACAUCGUUGCUGGGAAUCGAACCUUUUGAAGAUAUUAUUGAAUAUGAAAGAGAAAUAUUAAUGUGGAGAACUGGGCUCUCAAUAAUAAAUAUCAAACCAACAACUUGUCUCCAUCAUAAACAUGUUUAUUUGAAGCGUUAUACAACUAAAUUAACACGGUGCUGCAAUCCAUUUAAUACUCAUAACAAAACUAUAAAAGGUAGUCUUCGUGAAAUCAACUUGGAUACAGCAAAAUACCUAUGCAGUAAAGGCAAAUUCGUAGUUCCAGGUAAAAAACUUUGUACACAAUGCAGGCAUAAAUUAGCAAGUGAAGAAUCAGAAGAGAACGAGUUGGAGAUGAAAUUACCUGAAGAUAAUAUGGAAAAAGAUCUUAUACUGGAAUCAACAAGAUCGUUGCUCAACAGUACUUUAUGCGAACUUGAAGUGUCUCUUUUAAAAGUUCAUUUACCCAAAACCUCUAACAAGCCUUCACUUGGAAAGAGAAAGAUAAAGCAAGUUGAAGAAGCAGUUAUUAAGAAGCUUGCAACUGCUCUAGAUAUAACCGAAUCCGAUCUUGUUGCACCAAAAAAUGAAAUUCUAAAGGAAAUUCAAACCAAAGCUGGCGAUCUAGACUUCCUUGUAGAAUGCAUGAAAGAAAAACUUAAGGUUUCUAACAGGAGACAGCAACUUCAAAUUUUGACAUUAACCCCAAAAUCUUGGUCUAUCAGAAAAGCAGCAAAAGAGUUUUCAGUUUCUAAACACAAAAUUCAAAAUGCAAAGUUUUUACGCGACCAAAAAGGCAUCAUAGCAUACCCUGAUGUGGUUGAACGGCAUCGAAUCGGUAAAGAUGUUAUAGAACUUGUAAAGCUUUUUUACUGUGACGAUGAGUAUUCAAGGCAAAUGCCAGGUAAAAAAGACUGUGUAAGUGUUGGGGGAAAAAAAUACAUGUCAAAAAAAUUGAUUUUGUGUAACUUUAAGGAGCUCUAUGUGGCAUAUAAGACAAAGUACCCAGGCCAUAAAAUUGGAUUUUCUAAAUUUUGCAGUCUUCGACCUAAAUGGUGCAUCCUUGCUGGUCCAAAAGGUACACAUUCUGUUUGUGUGUGUACAAUACACCAAAAUGUUAAAUUAAUGUUGAGUGCUAUAGGCCUUGAACCAUCUUACCAUGAAAUUAUUGAAAAAAUUGUCUGCAGCAGAAAAUCUAAAGUUUGCAUGAUUCACCGAUGCAAUAGUUGUCCUGGCAUACAACAUGCCCAAAAUUACUUCCAGCAGUAUCUCGCACAAAAUGAUGAUCCAAAAGAGCAAUAUGACAGUGAUGAAAAUGAACAGUCAGUGGAUUUCAAACAGUGGACAACGACAGAUAGAACUGAAUUAUUAACAAUAAAACUUCCAUUAAAUGAAUUCAUAGAGCUUCUGUGUAAAAAACUUGAUAAUAUCACUUCUCAUUCAUUUAUAGCAAAAUCACAAUCUAGCUAUUUAAAGAAUCUCAAAGAAACAAUUAGUAUUGAUGAGGCUAUUGUACUGGCAGAUUUUGCAGAGAAUUACACGUUUGUAGUACAAGACGAGAUUCAGAGUUACCAUUGGAGCAAGAGUCAAUGUUCCCUUCAUCCAGUUGUCAUCUACUACAAUAAAGUGAAAUUGGAAAUAUCUUCUUUGUGUGUAAUUUCAGAUGAUUUAAAUCAUGAUGUUGGAUUUAUCAAUGAGGUUAUGCAUAAAACCAUUAAUCAUAUUAAAACUCAUCUUUGUCCCACAAUUAAAAAAAUUCAUUAUUUUUCUGAUGGCUGUGCAGGGCAGUAUAAAAACUACAAACAUUUUUACAAUUUAUGUCACCACGCUCAAGAUUUUUCUGUUUGUUGCAUCUGGAAUUUCUUUGCAACAAGCCAUGGUAAAUCUCCAUGUGAUGGAAUAGGUGGCACUGUUAAAAGGCUUGUUGCAACAGCUAGCUUGCAGAGUCCAACCACAGGUCAUAUACUGUCUUCUCAAGCAAUGUUUGAAUACUGUAAAAAGUCAAUCAGUGGGAUUACGUUUGUGUAUGUCUCUGCUGAAGAAAUGGAGCUAGUAAGAAACAAACUUACAGAUAGACUUUUAAUAGCAACCACUAUUCCUGGGACAAGAAGUUUCCAUCAAUUUAUACCAUCUUCUCAUUCAAUUAUAAAAAUGAAAAGGGUAUCCGAUGAUGAUCAUUUUUCUCUAACAUUUGACUUCCUCAAAAAACAAAAAUAUGAAAUUAUUAAAAUUGACAAUGUUUUGAUGUCACAAUAUCUAUUUUGCAAAUAUGACGAUUUUUACUGGCUUGGUAUGGUUUAUGAAGUUGAUAAAGAGAAUGAUGAUUUUAUGGUAAAAUUUAUGCAUCCACAUUACCCAAGUCGGUCAUACCACUGGCCAAAUCGGGAUGAUAAUUGCUGGGUGCCAAGAAUGAAUGUUAUUUGUCUUGUUAAAACACCUUCAACAUCUUCUGGGCGUCAGUACCAAAUCUCAAAAGAAGAUGAAAAUUUAUUUGAACAAGUUUUAUCUUUUCAGUGAAAGUUAUUUAAUAUUUUUCUUUCAUUAUUUAAAUGAUAUGAACUUAAAUUUUAGUAAUAUUUGGUUAUUACUUUUCAUUUUUAUUUUUGAGCUUUUUUCAAUAUCAGUUCAUUCAACAGAGCUUUAUUCAAUAAAUCAAGUUUGUAAUAUUUUUCAAAAAAGUUUGCAUUUUAGUUUCUUUUUUUUUAACAAAACAUUUGAGCUUGUAACCUUAAAUUUGAUUCAUGCAACCAAGAUUUUAAAAUAAUAUCUAACUAUUAGAAUAAUAAUAAAAAAAAAUUGUUCAAUGUGUUGUAUAGUAAAUUAUAUUUCUAUGUAUACUUUUGAAAAAAUAGAUAAAUAUGCAAGUUAUGCAAAGUAAUAUAACUUUUUUAUUUACUUUCACCUAAACUUUUAUAAAACCUCUUCACAAUGAGAGUAAGAUCUCUUAUUUCACAAUGAGAGUAAGAUCUCUUAUUUCACAAUGAGAGUAAGGCAACUCCAGAAAUCAGUGAAAUGCAAACUAUGGUUAAAAGAAAAAAAAAGGACUGUUGACAUAACAAAAUUCAAAAAUUAUUUUUAAAUAUCAGGAAUUGGGUUAAUUUUAAAAAUGGUCAGAUACCAAUUUGCAGUCAUAUUUCUCUACUAGAUCUUAAAUUAUUCACACAAUAAGUAUUGCUAUAAAAUCUAUAAUAGAGAAUAGAUGCCAAAUAAAGAAAUUUUUUGUCUAAAUUUCAAAAUGAAAUAUCUUUUCUAUGCUUUAAGAACCCAAAACCAUUUUUUUUAUAAAGAUAGCCUAGGAUCACCUACUUCAUUUGAAAAAAAAAUCGAAUCCAUGAGACUUGGGCAACUUCGGGAAUUAAUGAAAGCGCAACCCAUGGUUACAAAACAAAAAAUUUGACUGGCCAUUUUAAAAUGAAAAAAUAACUAUCAAAAAAUUUAAAUUUCACUAUUUUAUCUACGUUUUUGAAUUCAGCACCCUCAAAAAUGGUCAGGUACUGGUUUUCAGCCACAUUUUCCCACUAGAUCUUAAAUUAUUCAAUUAAAAGUACAACUACAAAAUCCAUAAUGGCGGACUUCCUAAAAAAAGGAACGUUUUAGGCUAAAUUUCAAAACAUCAUAACUUUUGAACCGUUUGGAUUUGGGAGCUCAAAUUUUGCAUUUUUUCAUGUUUCCUUAAUAGUUACCACUGAUAAAAAUUUUAAGAAAAUCCAAGGGGUGACUGAAAUGACUGUCCCAGUUUUACAUGGAAUGACCCUGUAUGUGUAUCAUACAGUGUAUGAUACACAUACACUGUAUGUGUAUGUGUAUGAUACAC